AUGGCGUCCGUGACCAUUGCGCCCAUUCCUGCUGCGGUAGUGGAUGGCGCCGCUGCCAAUGGUGAUGCCGGAAGCGUUCCCGCAAAGGCGAAAAAGUUGCAUGGGAGGGAAUUCUACAAGAGCAUUGGAAGCCCCAAGUUCAUUGUCGCUCCCAUGGUGGAUCAGUCGGAAUUCGUAUGUAACUCUCCCCCAGGCAUCUAUCUUGAUCGAGCACCGUCGCGCCAGAGACUGAUAUCUUCAAAGGCAUGGCGAAUGUUGACUAGAUCCUUCCUACCGGAAUCGCAACGAUCAAGUAUACUUGCGUACUCUCCCAUGUUUCACGCCCGACUCUUUGCCGAGACGCAGAAAUAUCGGGAGGGUCAUCUCGAACCUACACGCCCGUCGCCCUGGUCUGCGUCCGCUGCCGACACGCCCGCGAGCCUCGAGCCUCAUCUCGACGGCAACCCCAAGAUAGACCGGCCGCUGUUUGUCCAGUUCUGCGCCAACGACCCCGAUCACCUGCUCGCGGCUGCCAAGCUGGCGGCGCCGUACUGCGAUGCCGUCGACAUAAACUUCGGCUGCCCCCAAGGCAUUGCGCGAAAGGGGCACUAUGGUGCUUUCCUGCAGGAGGACCAGGAGCUCGUCUUCAAUCUUAUCAACAACCUGCAUAAGAACCUCGACGUCCCCGUCACGGCCAAGAUCAGGAUACUGGAGACCAAGGAGGCGACGCUGGCAUACGCGCAGAAUGUUCUCAAGGCGGGCGCAAGCAUAUUGACGGUACACGGGCGGAGGAGAGAGCAGAAGGGCCACCUUACGGGGCUGGCCGACUGGAAGAUGAUAAAAUUCCUCAGGGACAACCUGCCGCCAGAGACGGUGCUCUUUGCCAACGGUAACAUCCUCCAGCCGGGCGAUCUUCAGAGAUGCCUAGACGCCACGGGUGCGGACGGCGUCAUGAGCGCAGAGGGAAAUCUAAGCGACCCCGGCCUAUUCGCUCCCGCGCCGGAAAUAGGCCAGGAGGGCCGAGAAUACUGGCGCGGCAAGGACGGCAGGGGAGGCUGGCGUGUCGAUGCUGUCAUGCGUCGCUACCUGGACAUUCUACACCAAUACGCCGCGGACGAAGCCCCGCCCGCCCGCAGGCCGCUAUUCGUGCCCGGCGACGACACGGCGUGGCUGGACGAGCACGACGAGGCCGAGGCAGAGCAGCCGGACCGCAAGCGGCGCAAGAGGGAUCACGACGGCGGCAGCGGCGGCAAGAAGAAGCAGCACGUCACGUCGCCCAAUCUCGUGGCCGUGCAGCCGCACCUGUUCCACCUGCUGCGGCACUUUGUCGCGCGGCACACGGACGUGCGGGACCGGCUGGCGCGGAGCAACCGGGGCAGCCUGGAAGCGUACGAGCAGGUGCUGGACAUGGUGGAGCGCAAGGUCGCGCGGGGCCUGAUCGAGUACGAGCAGACUGGGGGCAAGAGCGUGGAGGAGGCGGGAGAGGUCACGGAUCAUGGGGCUAGCGCUACUACUACCACAGAGCAGGAGGAAGGGGAAGAGAAUCGGGAAGACGAGCUGGACUACGAGAGCUCGGUGCGGACGGUGCGCAAGUGCAAGCGGCCGUGGUGGGUCGCGCAGCCGAUCGUGCGGCCGCUGCCCAAGGAGGCCGAGGCCAAGGGGGCGAUACAGCUGAGCAAGAAGGACAAGAAGAGGAUGGCGGCGGCGGAGGAGGCUACAUGUAAGACCAAUGGCAAUGGCGCCGCCGCGGGAGGAGAGAAGGAGACCCGGAAAGGGCAGCAGCAGCCGGCAAAGACUGAAGCUGUUCAGGAGUUGGAGAAGACGACGGAUUUCGAGCAGAGCGAGCUCGUCUCUGGGUGA